CAAUUUACUCGAUUUUUGCAAGAUCCAAAAGGAGGUCAUUUAAUCGUGUAUGAUUUCCAUCAAAACUCCUCAAACUUAUACCACAUCUGUCUUAAAAUCAUAAAUUCACCAUUAUUUCAACAAUUGGAUUGUUUGAUUUAUUUGGUGGAUACAAAUUUCACCCAGUUUAACAAAUUAUACCCCAAUUUAUUUGAAAGUGGACAUGCACCACAAUUGGGUGAUUUAAAUCAAGAAAACCAAAAUUUAAAUAAUUUCUUACCACCAAUUAUAGUCCCACCAGCAUUGAAAUCCCGAUCACAAUCGUUAACUGAUAUUUCCCCAUGUUAUAAAUCAACCCCGGUAUCGUCUACGUCAUCAAUAGAGAGAACACCGGUUUUACAAAAUUUUACUCUCUCUGCUAAAAGCAAAGUGUUUAAAUUACGACAUAAUGAAGAAUUAUUGACUCCUGGAACUGGUCCAUUAAUUAUCCCUUCAUAUUCGCUGAGCAUGAAUCCGUUUGAAGAAAAUUCUGCAAAUUUGUUCCGAUUACGUAACAUUCCUGCAGAUACUAGUGUAUUACCAGAGUGGAUAAAACAGACAAUUUUCGACAAGAAUGGAGAAGCCCUGACUAAUAAAAUUAAUGAGGAUUUCUAUAAAUUAGAGAAGUUGGAACAAAAACGGUUAGUCUCGGCAUUAUCAUUAUUACCCAGUGGGUUAUUGCUGCUGCCAUUGGGAGAAAUCCCACCUAAAGUAAGUUGUGGAAUUGAAUACGGGCAUAAGAAUAGAUAUAAGGAUAUUUUUUUGUAUGAUCAUUCCCGAGUUAAGUUGAAUGACCAUGAAGAUGACAAUAUUGAAAAUUAUAUCAAUGCCAGUUAUGUCAAGCCUAAUUUAGAUUUUCUUGGUCAAUUGAACAAUUCUAAUGAGUUGAAUUACGUGGCUACACAAGGUCCUUUGGAUGGAACUAUGGGGGAUUUUUGGAAAUGUAUAUAUAAUUUGGGCACUGUUUUAAUUCUUUCCUUGACCGAUGAGGUUGAGAAUGGAAUUGUUAAAUGUUCACCUUUUUGGAAAUCCGGGAUUUAUAAAUCAUGUCAAGAUUCGAUGACUGUGAAUUUGAUUGAUGAAGAACGAGAUGAGAAUAUCAUUAUACGUCUGUUUAGUAUACGAAAGUCUAAUGGAUUGGAUCAUAAAGUAUUACAGGUACAUCUUGUGAAUUGGCCAGAUAUGGGCAUACUGGAUCCUCGAGAAAUUAUUAAAGUUGUGAAAUUAAAACAGGAUUUAUUGAAUUUGAACUUGACUGAUUCAAAAUUCCCAACUUUAGUUCAUUGUUCAGCAGGAUGUGGACGUACUGGUACAUGCUGUACCAUUGAUGUAAUGAUUAAUGUUUUACAACAAUGUCGUGAUUUACCAUAUGAUCCAAUUUUUGACAUUGUCAAUGAUUUUAGAAAACAGAGAAUUUCCAUGGUGCAAGCAUUGAGACAGUAUUAUUUAAUUUAUGAGGUGUUAUUAAUUUGGUUAAGUCAGGAACAACAACCAUUGGAUAGAUUAAUUGAUAGGGAUAUUAUACGAAAGUUUAUAAGUUUAGCCUGAGUGUUUAAAAGUUGUAUAGGAAUUGCAUAUUACCCCAGGGGAGACGUUGUAGAUUUUCCAAGAACUUCUGAUCUUGAAUUCAUAUUCUGAAUUGAGAAGAUAGAGAUCGUGUAAUGAGAAAGAAAUUAGGACCUGGAU